AUAAACAUUAGCACGUGGAGGAAACUCUUGACACCUCCACCUCUGCUUUGUCCAGAAAAAUCGACAUGGACACGGUAUAUAUCGAGAAUUCCGACGAAGAAUCGAGUUCUGGCUGUGAAUCGGGGGGAGAAGAAUACCGUUUCACCCAUGACCACUCUGAAGAAUCGUCAAAUUUGAACGCAUACCAGCAUGCGGUAAAGCGAUUACCACGGCAAAAGGGGCAUCAUAAGUUAAAAGUACGCCACCUAGUAGCUCCUGAUGCUUCUCCAGGGAAAACUGCUUAUCUAGGCAAGCACUGGGAUGUCCAGUAUGCAGCCCUUGAGAGGUCAACACGAUCUGAAACACUUGCAGCUAUUAAAGAGGCAAUAGAGAAAGAAGUGAGGUCGCAAGUGGAAAAGGAGAGUCAGACGCUGAUUCUUGCCACCAGGUGUCUCUCAAGUGUGCAUGAAGAACUGCGAGAGUCAGCUCUUAAGCUGCCGAAUAUGGAGCCUGGCCGCAGUAGCUGUUGCCUCACACGAUAGGAAGUGGACAUGAUCCGUAACCAUAGCAACAAUACUUUUGCCACAUACAUCAGUGACAUGUUCUUUGAAGUUUGAACUGACAAAUGCUUUUGCAUAUUAAUGGAUAUGGACAUAAAGCAAGCUAAAGGAUAAAUUACCCAUAAAGGCACGUGUAUAACAAUGUACAUAUUUGUACAUGAAUAUAUUAAACAAAAUUUUAAACUCUUUUUUUUUCUGUUUUUGAUAAGCUUCAAUUUAUUUCACAAAAGACGGUAACAAUAUAUAUUUGUCUGUAGUAUGUAAUUAAAAUAUACAGAAUGCAAAAUUCCUUAAUUAAAAUUAAGCCACUUGUGUUUGUUACUACUAUCAUAUACAUCAUGCAUGUAUAUAUUUGAGUACAUCAACAAGUACUUAUAUUAUACUCUAAUUCUUCAACCUUUUUCAACCACCUUUGCCACCCAUACAUUUUGAAACGUUCCGAGAGAGUUAUGGGGUCGUACAGAACUAAUUUGCACAUUUUUAUGAACCUUACAUCUUUAAUGACACCAACAAGGUAAUUAUUUUAGCAUCAUUUAGCAUAAUAAUUGUACGCUUAAAUUUCACUUUAGUGGUUGAAAAGGUUCAAGAUUUACAGGACUACUACACAAAUGUAGUUAUAUGGACUUCAAACUAUGACAGAAAAUAUAUGCCUAUAAAACUGCGUAACUGGGACUGUUAAUAUGUAUGCAUAUAAUAUUAUGAUAUGGAAAUGAUAAAAGCACAUUGCCAUAAAAUUUAAAAACUUCUUAUAUGUAUAUGUAUGUACCCUGUAUUUCAUACCAUACUACACAAAUUUUCUGAAAAAAAAUACAAGACUGGAAUAAAAAUAAAAUUGGAAAUCCACCUGUUUAUUUUAUCCGGUGUACUAUAUAAACAUUUUUUUAUGAUUUCCCCUUUUUUUUUUUUUUGCUUCUAUAUUUUCUGAUCAGGUAAACAUGACUUUAAAAAGAAAUAUUGCAGGGACUUCAAUUAACAUUUCCCAUAAAUUUGAUGAUUUAUCAUUUUAUUUUUAUUUCUACUCCCUCCUCCAACAUAUAAAAAAACAAACAAGUCACUCUACCCAAGAAACAAAAUAUAAAUCUGUGUGGCCUCAAACUCCUGUUAACUUUUUGUUAAGGUUGAACAGUACUGUAUAUAUAAAGCUGCCUCUAUUCUGACUGCUAUAUAUAUCCCCUGACCAAUGACUCAGAGGUUGUGGGUUCAAAUCCAUCCUCUAUCAGAAGAUUUGUCAGGCACAUGUAAUGAUAAGGUGCACUGGUUUGCCCAGUUCUGUCGGGUUCUCUCAUAUAUGUGAAAUAUUCUUCAAGGAUACAUGAAAAGCUUCAUUUUUUUUUCUAAUACAAAAAAUCUUUUCGGCACACAAAAAUGGUUUUAAACUGGUUUAAACUGGCUUUUUCUGGUCAGUCCAGAAAUUGAGAAGCACCUGUUGACUGGUGGCAUCAACAAUGAUAGUGUGCUGUCAAAGCAACACUGCUGAGAAGAGAGCCUGAAUUAAGAGGGCUAAGCUGUUCCCACAAUCCCACCAUGACAUUUCCCAGUACUGACAGACAAUAUGCACAAAACAGAGAAAUUUAAACUAUAUGCCUCAAAAAUGAAAAU